CUGGGCCGUCGUCCUUUAUCCUUUGUUGUUUGCUCGAACAGGAUUCUUUGGUCGGAGAACACGCCCUGAUAUCUUCUUCUCCUCCUUAGUCAGAUGCCACUGAACAGAUAGGAAAGAUAGGAAGAGAAAUAAUGACUAAAACGUCAACGUAGGCAAGAUUCUACAUCGUAAAAGAAAAACUAUAAUUCCAGAAGCAGUCCUGGACUUGCACGUAACCUACACCCCUAAACCACCAAAGUGCCUACCACAACCAAAUUUCGAACCUCAACCGCAAUUUCAACCUCAAGGCAGAAAGAAUGUGCCAUGGCUCAGCUGCCCUCGCCGCGACUGCGACACUACAGAACGAUGACAGCGAUAUGUUUCGUUUGCAACCUGCCCAUCCUGAGUCACCAGGUUGGCCUGGUGUGGCAAGGAGGCAACGGCUGGGACGACCUUGUUCGAGAACAAGUAGAAGAAUCCACUCUCAGGCAAAGGCUAGGCGGAGGCAGGAGGGACUCUUCCGCCCAGAUUGAUGCCAUAUCGUCUCCUCCGACUGAGGUGCGUGAAACAUCGCCUCCGCGUGCCGUCGGUACAGGCACCUCCGGCGGCCGAAGACGCCGCAGCAGUUUGGCGCAGCUGACCGACAUCCUGCGCGAAUGGUCAGGUCCCAGCAGACAUGGGAGCACGAAGGCGCCUCUAUGUCGAAGAGAAACAUUGGCUGAUCUGGCUAGGAGUUUACCUUGGGGAAGGCAGCAGAGUGUUCAACGUCAACAAACCAUAAAUCGUGCGCCUCCAAAACGAAGGGAAUCUAGUGCCGACUCUGGUAUCAAAUCUUUGACCUCUCGUUCUCGAAGGGACUCCAGAGCUUCUGAUUUUAAGUCAGAUUUAGCCAGGUUGUGGUCCAGGGGAAAAUCUGGAGAUGACGAUAAGGAUACUAGUACAUCAGGUGUUGGUUCAAUGACUGGCAGUGGCCUUGGUGGUAGCAAAGACCGAGAGACUCCUCCUUUGGGUCCUACUUUUGCACAAGUGCCACAAGGACCUCAAGGGCCACCACCUCCAAGAGUUGUGUCUGCCAGAAGAAAAAGAAGGGACUCGAGAGCUGCUUUGGAUGUACCGCCAAAUUUUAGACAAGAACAGCGUCCGUCCACCUCGUCGACUGCCACGACUGCAAGUGAUUCUUUAGGGCCUCCGGAUGGAGCACCUUCUGGUUCGGCCCUGCCGCCUCCUACUAUUGUUAUGAGCAGUGUUACGCCGCCAUCUACAUCGCCAACUGCACCUCCAAGUGUUGGAACUACAGGUCGUCGUGAUUCUACAACUCAAUGUGAUGGACCUAGAACUGCAAAUUCUUCAAGAAGAGAAUCCAGGGUUUCUCCAGAUAGACCUGCUAGAAUGCAGAGGCUUCAAAGACAGGCCACUGCUUACGAUGAAAGUUGCUUACCUCCAGGUGUUUGGACUGGCGGUGCCAGCAGACGUGGUUCUAAUUCCCCAGAAAACAACAUCAACAAUAACAACAUAAACAUAAACAAUUUGAGUUGCGAAGACGAUACAGGCGAAAGAAAACAUACGCCCAGGAGGGAUAGUUUGAGUCCGGACAGUGCUGGAGCACGAUCACGUCGAGAUUCUCGAGCUUCACGAUUGAGUCCAGAUCGAGAAAUGGAUUUGCCUGGAUCUUCCAGAAGACAUAGUAGACGACUGAGAAGGCAAAGUAGUACAGCAGUAACAGGCGGUUUAUCCAACCACCACCACCACCAACGCAGUCCAGACUCCAGCAGCUGCGCCUCUUCCCGAGAUCCGAGUCCUGCAGGUGGUGGAGGCACCACAAUUUUGAGUGGUGGUCCCCUGGUGGACGCACCACCAGGAUCUCGUCCUGCUAUCAGGAGACAAUCGACUACCGAAGAAAUACUGAUAGCUAGAGGAUUCAGAAGGCAGUCGACUACUGAGGAGAUGAUCAGGUGUAGGAAUUUUAGGAGGCAGAGCUCGCAGAGUGAUGAUACAUCGAGAUAUCGUGGCCGAAGAGAUUCUUGUGCCCAAAUAACAGAUGGUACUUUUGAAACAAUGACUGUGGAAACCACAUCUACAUUUUUUGAUUCGAGUACACAAACCGAGCCGUCGGCCUUGUACGACAACAACCAUUACCACGAGGAAUGUUUGCGGUGCAACUCCUGCGCGGUGAACCUGACGGGCUUGAACCAGAAGCGCGCCAGGAGGUUCAAGAACCAGAUCCUGUGCGACCUGCACUUCGCAGACGUGGCACUGAUGGAGUGCUCCGAUUUCAUGCAGCAGUUGCGAAGCUUCAAGCCGCACUCUCUGGGCUGCGCCGUGGCCAGGAGGAAGAGUUCGGCCACUCUCAUAUUCCCGCUGCCGCCGCAGGCCUGCUCAGAUGAAUUCUGUGACGGCUACCCGCACUACCUAAUCCCGACACCUGGCUACUGGAUAGAAUGUUCCAGGCAAAAAAUUGCAACCAUCAGAGAACCUCCUGAUUCUGACCAGGAAUACGAUGAUCACACGGGACCUUCUCAUAUCGGAACUUCUUCUGGGACGUAUAUUCCCAGGAGGAAGGAUGCAGGAGAUUGCUACGACGAGGAAGAGUACGACGACGACCUCGAUGACGAAGAAGUAGCAAGUCCCAGAGAACGUACUGCCAUCGAAGAACAGUGGGACAAUUCGGCAGGAUUCGAGUUGACCAGUGUCGAACAAGAAACUUACGAGAAGUAUUUCUAUGGUACAGAACACUGGAAUUAUUUCACCAAUGAUGAAGAUUUGGGACCAGUGAUAUUGUCGAUAAAGCAAGAGACUUUGAAUGGAAGAGAUCAGUUUAGGAUAUUGGUGAGGGCCAUAAGUUACACGGUGCAUGGGCUGAUACCGGCGUCUUGCGUUUUUGCAGACAGGUAUAAUCGUGAAGAAGUAGUCCGAUCUCUUGGCAAAGAGGUCAACAUCAAUCCACCUCUGGUCCUUGGUCAGUUACCAGAUACUCCAGAAGAAUUGUUAAAAUUGGACCAAGUUUUUAUCAAAAGUGAACUAAAAGUUGGUGUCAUCUAUGUACGAGAAGGCCAAUAUACUGAAGAAGAAAUUUUGGAUAAUAAUGAUAAUUCGCCGUUAUUUGAUGAAUUUUUACAAGUCUUGGGAGAUAAAGUUAGAUUAAAAGGUUUUGAUAAAUACAAAGGCGGCCUGGACACCGUCCACGAUUUGACAGGGCUGUACUCGGUUUACACGAAUUGGAGAAAUAUUGAAAUAAUGUUCCACGUGUCCACACAUUUGCCUUAUGAAAGACAUGAUCCUCAAAAAUUACAGAGAAAACGACACAUAGGGAACGAUAUCGUUUGUGUCGUGUUUUUAGAAGCCGAUAAUACUUCGUUUAGUCCUGCUUGUAUUAAAAGUCAUUUUUUGCAUACGUUUAUUUUAGUUCGAGUAUCAGCCCGCAUAAAACGAAGACCCACUCGGUACGAAGUCUCCGUUGUGACCCGCGAUGAGGUUGGAGCCUACAAACCAUACCUUUGGGAGCAAAGUGUAUUCAACAAAGGUCCAAUGUUCAGAGAAUGGCUCCUAACUAUAGUUAACGGAGAAAGAGCCAGUUAUUCGGCCCCAAAAUUCGCCAGAAUGCAGGAACGCACCAGAUCGCAGAUGCUGGAAGAUAUUGUCGCCAAUUUGGCUAACCAUGCGGAGACUGGACAAAUACCCAAGCCUUAUAGAAGAGGUUCGUGGCGACCAAUAGGUCACAUGCGACCUAGUUCACCACUUUUGGACUCCGUGAGGGAUCAAUUCGAGGAUUAUGAUGAAUUGGCUAAAGAUUUUACGAGAAUGUUCCUGAAUAGUGAAGCAAAUGCUCUGGCCAAUGGUCAAUUGUUUGAUGUAGUAUUCAUGGUAGGCCAGUCUAAACAGAAAGUCAAGUUUAUUGGAGUCAGAGCCAUACUUGGAGUUAGGAGCAGGGUGUUCCAAGAGAUGUUGUACGGUAUCCAAACUGGAUUUGGAUCACCACAAGUACCCGUGGCAGAGCUUUUAGCCCGUCCUGUUCCGCCUCUGCUUUCUCCGCAAGCAGCUCGACCGAAAAGCAGUAACUUUUUGCAAGUGCCUGAUAUAGAAUCGCCCAGACCAAAGAGUGUACCUAGUUCUCCGAUGGUAAAACGCGCCUUCUCUCGCCUUGGAACUAUAACUGCAGGCUGGGGCAGGUCUAUCAGGAAGCAGCAUUCGCAAUUGCAUGCUGAUGAUAAGAAAAAGUGGGCCAGUUCGCACGAUUGUUCUAAUAAAGAAUCCAAAGACGGCAGCAAAGACAAGUCUGCUCUGCAACCUUUACCAGUGCCUCGUCUCUCGGUCUGUGCAGAUGCUCAAAAAGUAGACAGAGCCAAACUAGCUCAGACUGAAUUUUCGAUUAUUGAGUUCGAUCCUGACACAUUCCGAGUACUUUUGGACUACCUGCAUACUGGUAGUUGUCCUUUGACCUGCGCCACGAUACCUGGUCUGAUAUGUGCAGCUGAACAUUACGAUUUACCUGAACUUCUUCAGGCGUGCUUCCAUCAUGCGAAACAGUUCUUGAGGAUUGAUGUGGUUUGUGUGAUGCUGAUCUCCCUAGAAAACUACUACUGGCGUUACACAUCAGCUUCUGAACUGGUCAAUAUGAUCCUUGCAUUCGUAGAAACCAGGGCGUACGCCUUAUUUCAGUGCCCUGAAUUUUUAUCUCUGUCCGAAUCCAUGGUGCAGAUGAUAAUGGUUAGAAAUCUGGAAAUACCAGAAGUUAGAAAAUUUGAAGCAAUGCUAGCUUGGUCUAGGCACAAAGUCAGAACGAAAGCUUCUUGUAAGGAUGCCAAGGUGGAAUUCAAGUGUACUAUGGAAAGAUUGGCAAGGGAUCUUAAAUUGUAUAGAAUAACGCCUCAAGAGUUGAUCAGAGUUGUGUUGCCUACCAAGACAAUUAAAAAUGAAAGGAUUUUGGAGACUUUGAUGUACCAGGCGAAUUCUGGUAUGUACAGGAUACAAGAUAGUUACUUGGAAGCUUGUCAACAGAGAUUGCAGAAACAGGAUUCGAGAUUCUCGGAGUGGGAAAGUUUCGAUUAUGGAUUGUAA